CUGGUGUGAGAAACUGGGGCUUAACUAUGUCUACCCUUCUGCUGGUCGUGGGUGUUGUUGUAGGACUUGCUUACAUUUUCCGUCAUGUGGUGGUAAAAGGGAAGCGGUGCACAAGUAAAACAAAGCUGCAUGGGAAAACUGUAAUUGUGACCGGUAGCAACACAGGUAUUGGGAAAACUACAGCCAUAGAUCUGGCCAAAAGAGGAGCCAGAGUGAUUCUGGCCUGCCGCAGCAAGCAGAGAGGGGAGGCUGCUCUUGAGGAAGUCAAGAAGGAGAGUGGCAGUAAUCAGGUGGUGUUCAUGCCGUUGGAUCUGGGGAGUCUCAAGUCUGUCCGUAGCUUUGCUGAAACCUUCCUGAAGUCUGAACCCAGACUGGACAUUCUCAUCAACAAUGCAGGUAUUUUCCUUCAGGGUCGAACAGAGGACGGUCUGGGGAUGAUGUUUGGCGUCAACCACAUUGGUCACUUCCUAUUAACAAACCUAUUGCUGGACCGGCUGAAGGAGUGUGAACCUAGCAGAGUGGUUAUCCUGUCGUCUAUGGCACACAACUUUGGAAAAAUAGAUUUUGACUGCCUGAACUCCCAUAAAGCCCUGGGACUGGGGAACUCUGCCAUGGAGGUUUUUCAGGUCUACUCCGAUAGCAAGCUGUGCAACGUACUCUUCACCCAUGAGCUGGCCAAGAAACUGCAGGGAACCAAGGUCACCAGCUACUGCCUCCAUCCGGGAGCAAUCAACACUGAGCUGGCAAGGAACACACCCUCAAUAAUGCAAAUGUUCCUGAAGCCUGUGACCGCCUUUUUCUUCAAAGACAGCAUUCAGGGAGCCCAGACCACCCUGCACUGUGCUGUCGAGGAGGGGAUCGAACCUCUCAACGGACGUUACUUCUCCAACUGCACUGUGAGAGAAGUCUAUGCUAAGGCCAAGGAUGACGCUGCAGCAAAGAAGCUGUGGGAGCUCAGUGAGAGACUCUCUGGUCUUGCAUGAAAAGGUUUCCAUGAACAUCAUGAUAUUGGGUUGUUAUUGUUCUGUUAAACAUGAAUUAUUAUGUUAUGAAAUACAAUUUUAUAACAUAAGAACAUGGGCUAGCAGGCAAUUAUAGGUAAGAAAUGUAAUAUAAAGGCUUGCCAGUCUCUUGGACUUGCCAUGACAAUAGUUUUUUCCAGCGGUGCUGAAGAAUCUGUCGGAGAAUAGUUUGCAUGUUAUAUGCAUAAGGUGUGUAAUCAAGGAUACGGUAAUAAUUGAAUUUGUAACAGCUUGUUAAAAUGUCAGAAAUCCCCUGAAUUUAAUUAGUUGUAUUAGGAUGAUUGGUGGCAAAUAUAAAUAAAAACAUUAUUCUAAAAAACUUGUUUUAAAUCAUUCAAUUCAAUUCAA